GAUCACAUCAUCAACACUAUUCACACACAUCCAAUGUAUAAAAUACACGUACGUGUUGUUUUGCUCCCAGAUUCUCAUUUAUCUCCUGGGAUUUGAGAGUAUAAGAGACAUCUCCUGGAGAUUAGAUAUAUUCAUCGAAUCAAGACCAGCUGCACACAUAUGCAUAUAUAAGAAGAGAGAGAAAAAGGGAAAAUGGGGAAGGGAAGAGCGCCGUGCUGCGACAAGAGCAAAGUGAAGAGAGGGCCAUGGAGUCCUUGUGAGGAUCUCAGGCUCAUCGCUUUCAUACAGAAACACGGCCACCAUAACUGGAGGGCUCUUCCCAAACAAGCCGGAUUGCUGAGGUGUGGGAAGAGUUGUCGUCUGAGAUGGAUCAAUUAUUUGAGGCCGGACGUCAAGAGGGGAAACUUCACCGGAGAGGAAGAAGACACAAUCGUCAAACUCCAUCGAGCUCUUGGAAACAAGUGGUCAAAGAUUGCGUCCUACUUGCCUGGAAGAACAGAUAACGAGAUCAAGAACAUGUGGAACACUCAUCUGAAGAAAAAGUUGGCCCCAAGUGAAUCGCCAAAGGACUCCUCCUCCUCCUCCUCCUCUUGUGGUGGACACAGCGCUAAACUAGAUGAAGCCGAGCACUACGAUGGGGUUAAGGAAAGCAUCCACUGUCAAGAAGGGAAUUCAUCAUCAGCUGCCAAGCCUCAUGACGAUAAGCUUCUUAAUCUGAUUGGAGAUGAGCCUAUCAAAGGAUUGCCUACUUCUUCAAUCUCCUGCGAUGUGGAGAAUAAUCACCAGACAUGCGAGUUUGAAGCAUACAAACCGCUUUCUCCUGAUCAUCACCAGAUUGAUAUAUGGCGUGAGACUGGAGCAACUUUUCUCGAAACAAACGGAGCAAUUCAAGGGGUGCAUAAACAACACUUGCUCGAACUCCCUCUUUGCCAGAUGGACAUGUCGUGCCAGUUUGGAAGGACAUGUUGCGAGAUCCAAGAUGCAAUCAACAAAUCCGGGUCGCUACAAGUCCCACUCGAAUUCGACGCAGAGUUCUGGGAUCGGCUCGAGGGACUUGGCUCUUUUGCAUCUAGCAAUGGUGAUACUAACAUACAUAAGUGUCCAAACGGUAGCGACUUUGGAUCGGGUCACGAAUACAACAACGAGUGGUUCGAGUACUUGGAGGACCAAAAUUACUAUGACUACUUUUUAAUGGGAGCAGAAGAAGUUGAUCCGGCGGCAGACACCUUUUAUACUUCACAUUCAGUCUAGGACGCGAAGAACAUAUAUGUGUAUGUAUAUGCUGUGCCCUACCUUGGAUGUUUUGCCUACCCAAAAGGCACAUAAACAUGCACAUGUGCAUGACAUUGAAGGAAACAUGUCGCGUAAUAUACACUGUCAUCUAUGUAAAACAGUGAAGGGACAUUCUAGCUGAACUAGUUUUUUGACUU